UGCAAACUGGAAAGUCCCUGACAACCAGUCCGGGCAGCAGCGCCGAGGGGUUGUCCUUUUAAACAACGGGUUUAAAACACCCGCUUCGCUUCGCCGUGUCUCCGGAUAUAAGAUUCUGUGAGGUUGUUUCAUUCGUGAUUUUUUUUUCUUUGAAGCAUCUCUUCUUUUAUCCGAACCCGAGUAGAUGCUCCCCUGCGAGUGCUAGCUGCCGUUAGCAGGCUAGCUCUUUGUGUGGCUAUCUGCUAGCUGAGUGAGGGAUGUUUUGUUGUUGUUGAACCGAGCAGCCCUCCCGUCGUCUGGGAGAGGAGAUUAUAUCAGCUUGUGUAUGGAAAAAACGCCUUAUCGACGCCUUCUCACUCGCUGACAUUGUCUGCGAGACUGGCCCGUGAACUCCCACCGCUUUUAACGCUGGUGAAGCGACACCGAGACAGGGGAGAGUUUGACCGAAGAGGAAGGAGAUGGGAAACUGUCUGAAAUCUCCGACCUCGGAUGAUAUUUCUUUGCUGCAUGAAUCUCAGUCGGACCGGGCCAGCUACGGGGACGGUGCUGACCACGACCAGGAGCCACCGCCCCCCUAUCAGGAGCAGAUUCACGUGCCUGUCUACCACCCAACACCCAGCCAAGCACGACUGGCCACUCAGCUGACAGAGGAGGAGCAGGUACGCAUUGCCCAGCGAAUCGGACUCAUCCAGCACCUUCCAAAGGGCGUCUACGACCCGGGGCGGGAUGGCUCUGAGAAGAAGAUCAGAGAGUGUGUCAUCUGUAUGAUGGACUUUGUGUAUGGAGACCCCAUCCGGUUCCUGCCCUGCAUGCACAUCUACCACAUGGACUGUCACACACACAUACAAUAUGCACACAAAUGAACAUGCACACAACUUCCAUAUUGCUUACCUGUAUCCUGGAUUAGUAAGGUGUUGAUAUAAAGCAGUGACAAUGUUAAA